AAUUUUAAAGGGUACCUCAGGACUGUCCAUAAUUUUAAAGGGUGCCUCAGGACUGUCCAUAAUUUUAAAGGGUGCCUCAAGACUGUCCAUAAUUUUAAAGGUGCCUCAAGACUGUCCGUAAUUUUAAAGGGUGCCUCAGGACUGUCCGUAAUUUUAAAGGGUGCCUCAAGACUGUCCAUAAUUUUAAAGGGCGCCUCAAGACUACUGUCCAUAAUUUUAAAGGGCGCCUCAAGACUGUCCAUAAUUUUAAAGGGUGCCUCAAGACUGUCCAUAAUUUUAAAGGGUGCCUCAAGACUGUCC